AGCUUUGCUGCGUUUCUCCGGGUGGGGGGAAGGGGAGUCUAUUAGCUUCGGUGUUUGAGAUCAUGGAGCCAGACUCUGUUAUAGAGGAUAAAACAAUUGAGCUUAUGGACAUGGACACUUGUUGGGAGGCCAGAACGGAAGACUUCCUCCGCUUCCUUGUCCCUCUCUUGCUUACUCUGUCUGAAAAAGAGUGUGCACCCAUUCUAACUCCUAUCACCCAGGAAGAAAUUCACAAAGCUCUCAAGUCCACUCCAAAAGAAAUCGAGACUCAUCGGACCAGGCAACAUUUUUCAGUCUUCAGCAGUCCAAUUUUGGGGGGGAAAGAAGAAAAGGAAAAGAGAAGCGCUUUGUCCCAUUGCCCACAAAGCGUUCAUACAAGAGCCAAUAAAGAAAAGAAUAUUGCACUUCGAGAUACACAAGAGACGAACAUUGCAUAAAAUCAAUAUAGUCUAGGAGAUGAAUACAGGGCAAACUUAGUAUGUCAUUCACUAUAUAUCCGAGCAGAAAAAAUCCCAAACAAUAAUUUGCUGGAUGCCUUGUAAUUAAUGCCAAGAUGUUCCAGACUACUUCUGUUAUGGAUGAUCAGAAUGAAGAUGAAUCUCCAAAGAAAAACACCUUAUGGCAGAUAACCAAUGGGACAUCAUCAGUGAUUGUAUCCAGAAAGCGCACAUCUGAUGGAAAUUAUGAGAAAGAGAAGGACUUGUGUAUAAAAAUUUUUGAUCAGUGGUCUGAAUCGGAUCAGGUGGAGUUUGUUGAACAUCUUAUUUCUCGAAUGUGUCACUACCAGCAUGGACAUAUUAAUUCUUACUUGAAGCCCAUGUUACAACGAGACUUCAUUACAGCAUUGCCAGAACAGGGAUUGGAGCAUAUUGCAGAAAAUAUACUGUCCUACUUGGAUGCUCGAUCGCUCUGUGCAGCAGAACUUGUAUGUAAAGAAUGGCAAAGAGUGAUUUCAGAAGGCAUGCUGUGGAAAAAACUUAUUGAGAGAAUGGUCCGUACAGAUUUGUUGUGGAAGGGUCUAUCAGAAAGGAGAGGAUGGGAUCAAUAUCUCUUUAAGAACAGACCUACUGAUGGACCACCCAACUCAUUUUACAGAUCACUUUAUCCCAAAAUUAUUGAAGAUAUUGAGACAAUAGAAGCCAACUGGAGAUGUGGAAGACAUAAUCUUCAGAGAAUUCAGUGCCGUUCUGAAAACAGUAAAGGGGUUUACUGUCUUCAGUAUGAUGAUGAAAAGAUAAUCAGUGGACUACGGGAUAACUCCAUUAAGAUAUGGGACAAAACAACCUUGGAGUGUCUGAAAAUCCUAACCGGACAUACAGGGUCUGUCCUUUGUUUACAGUACGACGAAAGGGUUAUAGUUACAGGUUCUUCAGACUCCACUGUAAGAGUCUGGGAUGUUAAUAGUGGAGAGGUGCUAAACACACUCAUUCAUCACAAUGAAGCAGUACUUCAUCUUCGGUUCUGCAAUGGUUUAAUGGUUACCUGUUCAAAGGACAGAUCUAUUGCUGUCUGGGAUAUGGCAUCUCCCACAGAUAUCACACUAAGGCGCGUUCUAGUUGGUCAUCGUGCAGCAGUUAACGUUGUUGACUUUGAUGACAAAUAUAUUGUUUCAGCUUCUGGUGAUAGGACAAUUAAGGUUUGGAGCACUAGUACUUGUGAGUUUGUCCGCACACUAAAUGGGCACAAACGUGGCAUUGCUUGUCUACAGUACCGGGAUCGUUUAGUUGUGAGCGGCUCUUCAGAUAAUACCAUCAGAUUAUGGGAUAUAGAGUGUGGAGCAUGUUUACGGGUCUUAGAAGGCCAUGAAGAACUUGUCCGCUGUAUAAGAUUUGAUAACAAGAGGAUUGUCAGCGGAGCAUAUGAUGGAAAAAUAAAGGUUUGGGAUCUACAAGCUGCCUUGGAUCCACGAGCACCUGCCAGCACCUUAUGUUUGCGUACUUUGGUGGAACAUUCGGGACGUGUGUUUCGGCUGCAGUUUGAUGAAUUCCAAAUUAUUAGCAGCUCCCAUGAUGACACCAUUUUGAUCUGGGAUUUUUUGAAUGUUCCUACAAAUGCUCCAAAUGAAACUCGCUCUCCAUCUAGGACAUAUACCUACAUCUCCAGAUAGCAUCAUGCACUUUUAAUUCCUGACCAGGGAUUAGCUAUACUGAACUACUGUACUGGAUGUGGAUACUGCAAGAAGCUCAUGUACUAGUAAUUGUUGGAAAUUGUUACUGGUGCCACUUACUAGUAUAUUGUAAAAUAUAUUGUCUCUCGUUCUUAUUACUAUGAAGUUACAAACCACUUCAAAAGAGAAUCCAAAACAGAAAAUGCUAAUUUUAUAUAAGAACUGAACAUUUGCUUGAGGGAUUAGUUAUCAAAGGACCCAACCUCAUUUGUUUUGCACUUAGUGACUUUGAAAUAGGGUGUUACCCAAUAGUUUUUGGGUGCCAAAUAUAAUCAAAUGUUCUUUGUGCUUCUUCUUCUUUUUUUUUUCAAACUUGAACACAGUGAAUACUUUGUGUGUAUAUGUUUGGAAAUAUAACUGUAUAUGCCAGUUGUUGCUUUGUUGGAGUACUUUUUGACUCAUGUACAUCUAUCAGUGUGUUUUAUUGAUGACUGCCACUUACAUGAUGAUUGCUUUUCUUACAUGUUUUUCAUGAGAUCAACACAACCAAGCUUAAAGAAUUAGCCAUGCAACACUAUCAAAUAAAAGGUUACAGUUGCUAUAUUGUAACUCAGAACUCUAGCUUUGUAUUCCAAAAGGUGGACCAGUUAUAUUAAAUGGAAACAUAAGUCAACAAAUGUUUUAUAUAAAUGUCUCAAUUGUUACAUUGCUAUGGUUUCCUCCUUCAUGUUUGAUAUUCAGUGCCCUUAUCAAAUAUUUCUAAUCUAUAGCACAAAUAAAUACCUACAUAUGCAUAUUGCAAGCUGAUUUUACUGCUUCUACCCUUUCUCCUUUGUCGUCCAAAAGGGAAAUAUAUUUGAAGAAAACUCAUUCUAAAGAUAUUGAUACAUAAUUAUUCAUUCCAAGUGAGGUUAUCAAAUUGUCCUGUAUAAGUAGUAAUCCAUUGAUAUUUUUGGUUGACAGGUGCACAUUAAAAUUGCAGUCAGUAUUCACUUUUUAACACAACCAGUUUGACAUGGAAUUCCCAUCUGUUUUAAAAUGAUAACAUUUAUUUUACUAUUUUGUGCCAAAAUAAUUUUUUCCUCUCCUUUUGGUGUGUCUUUUCUAAGUUGCAGUUAUAUUAUAAAAUGAUGUGGGCUUCAGAUUAGUUUGGUCACUUAGAAUACAUUUUAUUUCAUCUACAACUUAGAUUUUUCUUGGUAAUUCUGUUUUAUAUUUGAUUCAAGUGAAAAAUAAGUUUAUUUGCAAAUGUUGCUAUCUAGAAAAAAAAUCUGUAUAGUAUAAAUUCUGUCAGUCACACAGUGUAUAUGAGCACAAAUAUGUAAAGUCCAGUUAGUACUGAUGUUAGCCUAAAGUUAAAAGGGUUCUCUCACUUGGUACAUUAAUAUGUAUGUUAAAUAGAACUUUAUAAUAAAGAACGUACUAAUAUAAUUAUUUAUACAGUAUUGCCUCUUCGCCUGGCAAAGUGUCUGUAGUCCUUUAUAGAGUGCUCAUUGUCAAGGGUUAUGGCCGCUUUUGCUGAAUUGGCGGUCGGCAUUAUAUGCUGUGAGCUACUCCCGGCAAUGGCAGCAACCCGGGAGCGGUUCAAGAGAAUAAUAUAAGGCCACAGGCAUGUGAAGACACCUGCGCUGAGGCUGCUAUUAAAUCAUUAGCACCUUGGGAAUCUGCACACAGAGACAAGGGGCAGGGUUACUGCAUCCCAGUGCCACUUCCCUGAGCCGCAAGUCACACUAGCAGGUACCACCCCCUAGAAUGCUGAAAGUCCCAGACUGAAAUGACGUAGUGAGGCAACCCCUUUACAGUCUACAAUAUUGUCUACCAUUUAUCUUCAGAAUGAGGGGCUCUGAACACUGCCAUCAAAAUUAUUAUAGGUUGAAUCCUAUUUGUUUUUACAUUGAAUGUAUCAAAAAUGUUUAGUGAAUGAUCAAACAAAUUUAUUGAAAACCCUAUUUUAAUUGUUACAUAAACAGUUCUUAAAGUAAAGUUAAUACUUGGAAUUUUUGGUUAUAUGGAGAUGUAUCUCCCAGGGAAAGAGAACAGUGUCGCUAGCUCCACCUUCUGAAAGUGGCUCCCUAUGAGUCAAAGUCCAACUUUUUAACAAGCCUAGGAACAUGACAAGGGAAAAUAGCCAAACAAAAUAACUACAUUGCCUACAUUGGGUAUUGCCUAAAAGACUUUGAUUCACCAGAAACAGAGCUGUCAGGUUUUCAGUAGGGAUCUAACUUCACAUUUUUUUUUUUAUUUUUUUUUUUUUUCUCCUUAGUGGCCUGUCAUCUAAUAAACUACCAGUAACAGUAACAAAUGUAUAUACAAUCGACAACAUGUAGUUCAACAGAGAAUAAGACAGUGUGGGACAAAUUUUAGAGAUCAGAAUUA